UGCUUUAACGCAUAAUUGCUUUUAAACCAGUAGAAAGUUGUUUCUGAUGGGAAAGUGGGGCAGCAAAUACAAGUAACUACUUUGUAUCUUCUCUCGCAGAAAACAAUUUGUUGUAGUGCACUAAAAUGCCUCCGCAAGAAAUCGCCACAAACCAAAAAGAAGACAUCGGAAAAAUCCGAGAAUGGCUCACCAAGCAGCCCCAUCUCCCCCAAAACAUCGAUGACGUGUUGAUUUUGAGAUUUUUGCACACUUGUAACUACAGUUUGGAACAGACGAAACAAUUGAUUGAUUUAUUUUACACUGUGAGGUCGCAAGCGCCUGAAAUUUUCGGUAACAGAGACCCGACAGACGCCGGAUCGCAGGAAAUAUUCAAAAUCAUUGAUUUAGUGCCGUUACCCAAGCCAACGAAGGACAACUGUAAAUUGUUUAUUUAUCGGCUUGCCGACUCCGACCCUGACAAAUACAAUUUCGUCGAUUCGCUGCGAACUUUUUUCAUGAUUGCCGACACUCGCAUGGUGCUGGAAACGGAAUUUCAUAGCGGGGAAAUCCCGAUUUUUGACAUGGAAGGCUUCUCUUUGAGACACUUGACGAAAAUCACACUGCCAGUCCUCAAAAAAUACAUGCUUUACACCCAAGAAGCUCAUCCCAUCCGAUUGAAACAAAUCCACAUUCUUAAUAUUCCUCCGUUUCUGGACCGCUGUUUGGCUCUUCUCAAACCUUUCAUGAAGAGCGAAGUCGCAUCAAUGCUACACUUUCACCUUCCUAAUUCCGAAACUUUAUUCGACUACGUUUCCAGAGACGUUUUACCGGUCGAAUACGGUGGAAACGUCGGCAAGCUUUCGGAAAUGAAAAACGAGUGGGUGAAAAAAGUCUUGGCAAAAAAGGAGUAUUUUGCUGAUGAAUCUAGAUGGAAAGUUGAUGAGUCGAAAAGACCCGCUCAGAAUCAGAACGGAAAGCAAUUGUUCGGAAUGCAAGGUUCAUUUCGAUCAUUAAGUAUCGACUAAGGACGGAAAUUCCGAUUUCAAGGAAAUUAUUUACGCAAUUGUGAUAUUUUCUAAGGAACUAAUGACUCAUUUCUGUAAUUAUCACAGGUCUUUAAUAAAUCACCGGUAAUUGUUUCAAA